AUGGCGGGGAAGAAGAUGGUGGCGCUUCUCUUCGUCGCCGUCUUGGUCGUCUUCGGAGCGGAUCAGGUUAGAUCUGACGCCUCCGAUCACCGAUACAAAGAUGGGGAUCAGGUGCCUCUCUAUGCCAACAAGGUUGGCCCGUUUCACAACCCGAGUGAAACAUACCGUUAUUUCGACCUUCCAUUCUGUUUCCCAGCACAUAUGAAAGAGAAAAAGGAGGCUCUUGGCGAGGUACUUAAUGGGGAUCGGCUAGUUAGUGCCCCAUACCAGCUUGAUUUCCUUCGUGAGAAGGACUCGGAAGUUGUUUGCAAGAAAAGGCUUUCAAAGGAAGAAGUGGGUCAGUUUAGAGCUGCUGUUAAGAAAGAUUACUACUUCCAGAUGUAUUAUGAUGAUUUACCCAUCUGGGGUUUCAUAGGCAAGGUUGAUAAGGAAGGCAAAGACCCCAGUGACUUUAAGUAUUACCUUUUCAAGCACAUUCACUUUGAUAUCUUCUACAACAAGGACCGGGUGAUCGAAAUUAAUGUCCGAACUGAUCCAAAUGCUCUUGUGGAUGUCACUGAGGACAAAGAAGUCGAUGUUGAAUUUUUAUAUACCGUCAAGUGGAAGGAUACCAACACUCCUUUCGAUAAGAGGAUGGACAAGUACUCUCAGUCUUCUUCAUUGCCUCACCAUUUGGAGAUCCAUUGGUUCUCAAUCAUCAACUCAUGUGUGACAGUUCUACUUCUUACUGGCUUUUUGGCUACAAUUCUCAUGCGAGUGCUGAAGAAUGAUUUUGUCAAGUAUGCCCAUGAUGAAGAAUCUGCUGAAGACCAGGAAGAGACAGGCUGGAAGUAUAUUCACGGAGAUGUGUUUAGAUAUCCAAAAUACAAGUCCCUAUUUGCAGCAUCCCUUGGUUCUGGAACACAAUUAUUCACUCUGACUGUGUUCAUCUUCAUACUUGCAUUGGUUGGGGUGUUUUACCCAUACAACCGGGGUGCCUUGUUCACUGCAUUGGUUGUCAUCUAUGCUCUAACAUCAGGAAUUGCUGGAUACACUGCCACUUCCUUUUACUGUCAGCUUGAAGGAACUAACUGGGUUAGGAAUCUGUUGUUGACUGGGUGCCUCUUCUGCGGGCCACUUUUCCUCACCUUCUGCUUCCUUAACACUGUUGCGAUUGUCUACACUGCCACUGCUGCACUUCCUUUUGGAACGAUUGUUGUGAUAGUUCUCAUAUGGACACUCGUGACUUCUCCUUUGCUUGUUUUGGGUGGAAUUGCUGGCAAAAACAGCAAGGCUGAGUUCCAAGCUCCUUGCCGUACUACUAAAUACCCCAGGGAGAUUCCACCGUUGCCAUGGUACAGGGGAGCCAUUCCGCAGAUGGCAAUGGCUGGAUUUCUGCCAUUCAGUGCUAUCUACAUCGAGCUCUACUAUAUCUUUGCCAGUGUCUGGGGUCACAGGAUUUAUACCAUCUACAGCAUCCUGUUCAUCGUCUUCAUUAUUCUCCUGAUUGUCACUGCUUUCAUUACUGUGGCAUUGACCUACUUCCAACUUGCUGCUGAGGAUCAUGAAUGGUGGUGGAGGUCGUUUCUAUGUGGUGGUUCAACUGGGCUAUUCAUCUAUGCCUACUGCCUCUACUACUACUAUGCACGCUCCGACAUGUCUGGCUUCAUGCAAACAUCGUUCUUCUUUGGUUACAUGGCUUGCAUCUGCUAUGGUUUCUUCCUCAUGCUUGGAACUGUAGGAUUCCGUGCUGCCCUACUUUUCGUCCGUCACAUCUACCGAUCCAUCAAGUGCGAGUAG